UUAUUUUUUUAAGUUAUUAACUUUUUAACACACAUAUUCAACCAUUUGUAUAAUAACACGUGACAUGAUGUACCAUCCGAUGUAUCGAUUACACUGGAAAAAUGUCUCCUGUUUGACCCCGUGGCGUAGUUUUUUGAAGCAAAACCACAGUGCGAAAAGAGCCUCCGCAACUCUCAGAGCUCGAAAGAAAAAGACUGAUAGAAAAUGAGGUACAACUUCGACCCGCGGGCAACGGAACCGGAACCGGAACCGGAGCCGGGCCGGUCUCCGACGCCCGGAAGAGACGAAGUGGAGUGGGUCCCGCUGCAGAACCAGCCGGUCUACUCCUCCUCUCCGGUCCACGACUCGACCGGGGCUCGGGCGCCCAGAAAUCUCUUGGCCUGGGACGGAGCGUCUCGGUUUUACUUCUGGGACUCCGAUAAGCUAUGCCUUCAUCGGAUGUCCAUUCGGCGAACCCGAACCGACUUCCGUCACCGCUGCUUUCCCUUCCAAGGUACUGCAACCGGAUGUGAAGCUCGACUUUUCUGUUCACAAAAUCUCGAUCAAUAGGAAUGGAUCAGCAUUGCUCCUUUCAGGUUCGAGUAAUCUAUGCGUUAUGUACCUUAGGGGUGGACUUCCAACAAAGACAAUGCAACCAUUUGCAGGUAUGAUCGGAAGAUGGCAAUACGUUAUUAAUUUUCAUUUUCAUCUUAAACAUGUUGUGUUGGGGUGUCUUAGAAAGCCGCUUGAGCAGGGAAUGAACUGUAAUGGUGGUUUAGAUUAUACGUUGACAUGUUCGUUUAGGCUUAAUUUUACGUGUUAACUUCUUUUACAAUUCCCGCACGCACUAGAGUAAGGAAAGGGAAAGAAAGAAGAAAUUAUCGUAAGGCGCAAAUAUGGGGUUCCUCUUAUGAUC